CUCAGACAAUCCACCGGCUGAAGCAGAUCAUCAGUCCGUAGCCGGAGCGGAGAGUGUAUUUUUCGUUCAACAUCAUCCUGCUUUGACUUCGGAGCAUCUGGAUGUUUAACCUUUCUGUAUUGAUGUGUGGUUUCUAAUUGACUAGCCCUGGGACUGGGAGACUCUGGACGCUGUUACAAUGUCUGUUCUCGGCACGGCGAUCCUGUCUCUCGGAGUCUUAACAUUCACUUCGCCAGCAAAGGGAGACCAAGGAGCAGUGCCAAUUUCAAUUGACUGUGCCACUAGAGGUGUUGAGUUCAUGGAGGAUCUCAUGGAUGUGCUGUGCCCACCACAUUGUGAUCACUCACGGCAAUCAGUCUGGGGAUCUGGAGUGUAUGCCUCAGUCUCCAGUAUCUGUGCAGCUGCAGUUCACAGUGGUGUGAUUAAUGCUUUGGGAGGAGUAGUUCAUCUUCAGAAACUACCAGGGCAGAGAAAUUAUCAGACUUCCUCUGCAAAUGGGAUAAGAUCCUUACCACUUCCUAGGUGGAUGAGCUCCUUUUCAGUGUCCACAGUUGAAAGGAUAGCACUUGAAGUAUCCGGACAGCCAAAAGCAACAGUAAUUCCAACUCUUGCACGAUCUACAAAGAAAAAAGCUGCAAAAAUUGGGAAAAAUAAUUCAAAGGUAAACAAAGAGUGCAAAGCUGAUAUUGCCUUCUUGCUUGAUGGAAGCUGGAACCUUGGUAAACGCAGAUUUAAUCUACAGAAGAAUUUUGUCAUCAGAGUUACCAAUUUGCUUGGUAUUGGACCACAAGGACCACUUGUUGGUGUUGUACAAAUCAGCGAGAGUCCUAAAACUGAGUUCAUCUUGAAAGAAUUCACUAAUUCAAGGGAUGUGGUCAGUGCCAUCAAAAAUGUGACUUACAGAGGAGGCAGCACCAAUGUUGGUAAAGCUCUAAUCCACACAACAGAAAGCUUUUUCACACCUGAUAAGGGUACACGGACUGGGUAUCCAAAAGUCAUAGUUGUUCUGGUGGACGGAUGGCCCUCAGAUGAAAUUGAAAGAGCAGCAAAUUUGGCCAGAGAAUCUGGCAUGAAUGUUUUUAUCAUUACAAUUGCAAAAGCCCUUCCAGAAGAGCAAAAGAUGGUCCAAGACCCCAAUUACAUGGAAAAGAUUGUUUGCAAAAACAAUGGACUGUUUUCCUAUGCUAUUCCAAACUGGUUUGGGAUGUACAAGUUUCUAAAACCUUUAGCACAAAGGUUGUGCUCCUACAGCCAGAUGACAUGCAGUAGAACAUGUUACAAUUCAGUAAACCUUGGCUUCCUAAUCGAUGGAUCGAGCAGCGUCGGAGAUGUCAAUUUUCGCACCAUUCUAGACUUCAUCUCUGAAAUUGUGAAACCCUUUGACAUUCAUCAGAUCGGUGCAAGAGUUGGUGCUGUUCAGUUCACGUACAAUCAGAGAACUGAAUUUGAUUUUGGUGAAUAUUUAACAAAGGAUGCAGUGCUAAAUGCUGUCAGUAACAUCCGUUACUGGAGUGGUGGCACAGCCACCGGGGAAGCAAUUACUUACACCACACAGAAUCUGUUUGGAAAACUGAAGAACAACAAUAUGAACGUGCUGAUUGUCAUUACUGAUGGCCAAUCUUAUGAUGAUGUUAAAGCUCCAUCAACUGAGGCACAUCAAUCAGGUACCAUAAUAUAUUCAGUUGGAAUAUCAUGGGCAAUGCAAGAUGAACUCAAAGCAAUGGCUUCAGAACCCAAAGAUUCACAUACUUUCUUUGUGAGAGAUUUCCCGAUGGUCAACAAGGUUGUGCCUGAUAUCCUUAAAGGCAUUUGCAAAGAUUAUUUGGCAGUAACAAAGUGAUCCAGCAGCUACCAUAUGCCUUGAUUUUCAAAGGGAAUGAACCGUUUCUUGCCAACAACUCUUAUGACAAUAUUAACAAACAUUCUAAUGCAGUAUUUUGUAGAAAUCUAGGCCUGAAUAUUAACAUAUGGUACUGCAUGUGCUUUUUCUCUUAUUUUACAAAUUAUUCAAAAUGAAAUCAGGAAUGGAAAGGCUUAGUUUACAUGACAGUAUGUAAGAAGAGUUACCUUUAUAACUGGAGCUUGCAUUAUGUAAGAGACAAUGUAUUGCAUGUUGGAGAAAAGUCAUGUUACUGGUUUAGUAAGUGUGUUUGAAAAUAGUGUGAUGGUCAUUUGAUUUCAGUGACAAGUAACCUCAGUUAAAGGCUCUAGACUGGUUUAAAACGUAUUUAACAUAACUUCCUGAAAGCUGUGUGAACUAAUUUUUACAAAUACCCUACAGUUUAAAAUAAAUAUCAGUCUGUUAUUAAA